GUUGAUGCGCGGAACGAUGAUAUCAGAAUUCAAUUUUUUAUUAUUUGCGCUCUUCGUUGGAGUAAUAGCUACCUCCAAUACAGACGGACCUCCAGUCGAACAACAAACGAUUAGGGGUGAGCGGGUGCCGCUUGGAUUUGCUCCAUAUAUGGCGUCAUUGAGAUCUUUGCAGAAUGUUCAUUUUUGUGGCGGUGUGAUUGUGUCAAAUCGGUAUAUACUAACGACAAGGACAUGCACAGGCAAUCAUGCUGCUAAUGCGAUAAAUAUCCUUGUUGGAACAUAUUUACGUAAUUCUGGUGGGCUUACUUAUCGAGGAUCCAGCAAAAUUGAUCAUCCUGGCUAUAAUCCUACAACAAUGGCAAAUGAUAUUUCUCUAAUCCUAACAACAGCAGUAAUCGUAAUGACACCUAAUAUUCGAGUUGCUGCCCUAAAUACAUAUUUAAAUGAAGAAGAAAUAUCGGUGAGCGUUUUUGGUUGGGGCAUGGUAUCCGAAGCCGAAUUCGAUCCGAAUUAUAUCAGUCGCAUUUCUACCAAUACCAUUUCUAAUAGCAAGUGUCGAUCGUAUGAUUUUCAAUUUGCCGAACAUAUUACGGAAAACAAAAUCUGCACUGCCGUCACGAACACAGCAAUUUGUUACGGGGACGAAGGUGGCGCAUUAGUUUCUGGAAACCAAUUAAUUGGGUUGGCUUCCUGGCAUUCCCAUUGUGACGCUAAUCUUCCGGACGUAUAUGAACGCAUUGCUCCUCAUCGCUUGUGGAUUCUUAGUCGAAUUGUAUUAUAAAUUUGACAUUAUACGUAUACACCCAACAGCUACACAAAAUAAAUUUAUUUAAA